AUGACGGCAUUUUUUCCCAGUGUUCCUAACUGGAUUCAAGAUGCAAAGCAGGAGGAGGAAGAGACAGGCUGGAAAUUAGUCCCCAGACCAAGAGGCGAAGAGACGGAAAGUCAGGGAAAAUGCCAAUGUGAAAUAUCGGAGACCUCCUUCACUAAUGUGGACAAGCUGAGAACUCACACACUUUCCCAUACUGAGCAGAGACCGUACAACUGCCCUCAGCUGCACUGCGGCAAAGCCUUUGCUUCUAAGUACAAGCUAUAUAGGCAUAUGGCCACGCACUCUGCUCAGAAGCCUCACCAGUGUAUGUACUGCGAGAAGAUGUUUCACCGGAAGGAUCACCUUCGCAACCACCUCCAGACCCACGAUCCCAACAAGGAGGCCCUCCACUGUCCUGAGUGUGGCAAGAACUACAACACGAAACUCGGCUUCAGGCGACAUCUGGCCAUGCACGCCGCUGCCAGCGGCGAUCUCAGCUGCAAGGUAUGCCUCCAGACGUUUGAGAGUACCCAAGUCCUGCUGGAGCACCUCAAAGCUCAUUCUAGGCGGGCGUCUGGUGGAGCGAAGGAAAAGAAGCAUCCAUGUGACCACUGUGAUAGGCGCUUCUACACCCGGAAAGAUGUGCGGAGACACUUAGUAGUGCACACGGGACGGAAGGACUUCUUGUGCCAGUACUGUGCUCAGCGGUUUGGGCGGAAAGAUCAUCUGACCAGGCACAUGAAGAAAAGCCACUCCCAGGAACUGCUGAAGAUUAAGACAGAGCCAGUUGACAUGCUGGGUCUCCUAAGCUGCAGCUCAUCUGUCGCAGUGAAAGAAGAGCUGAGUCCCGUCCUGUGUAUGGCAUCCAGAGACAUGAUAGGUGGUAAGAGCUUCCCUGGCAUGUUGCCUGUGGGCAUGUACAGCACACAUCUCCAAACCAUGCCAAGCUCAGGGAUGCCCCAUUCUUUGGUUCCUAAUUCUCUUCCAAUGGGAAUGAGCUAUCCUCUGGAGUCUUCUUCUCCCAUCUCCUCCCCACCGCAACCUCCUCCAAAGUAUCAGCUUGGAUCUACCUCAUAUUUGCCUGAGAAACUACCCAAAGUAGAGGUGGACAGCUUUUUGUCAGACUUCCCUGGCAGCCUGUCUCUCUCAUCUGGUGAGCCUCAGUCCUCUUCGCCUCAGCCACCCGCCCUGGAUGAGGCUCUGCUUUCCAAGAGCCCUGCUAACCUUUCAGAGGCUCUCUGUGCUGCUAACAUGGACUUUUCUCAUCUUCUUGGCUUCCUCCCCCUAAAUCUUCCUCCUUGCAAUCCACCUGUAUCAUCAGGGGGAUUGGUCAUGGGCUACUCACAGGGGGAGACACAGCCACUGCUUACCACUUUGCAACAUCAACCUCAAGAAUCUCCUGGAGCUGGGGCCUCGCUGAACUUUGGGCCCCUUCAUUCAUUGCCCCCUGUCUUCACCUCCAGCUUGAGCACAACCACGCUGCCACGUUUCCACCAGGCAUUCCAAUAA